AUGGUGGGUAACGUGGCGGUCGGCAGCGACCACCCCAUCCGCGUGCAGACCAUGACCACCUCCGACACCAAGAACGUGCAGGCCACUGUCGAGGAGGUGAUGCGCAUCGCGGAUCGCGGCGCGGAGAUCUGCCGCAUCACGGUGCAGGGUCGCAAGGAGGCGGAGGCGUGCGAGCAGAUCAAGAACAAGCUGGUGCAGGCCAACUACAAUAUUCCGCUGGUGGCGGACAUUCACUUUGCGCCCACCAUCGCGCUGCGCGUCGCGGACUGUUUCGACAAGAUCCGCAUCAACCCCGGCAAUUACGCGGACACGCGCGCGGUGUUCAAGACGGUGGAGUACACGGACGAGAGCUACCAGCAGGAGCUGGAGCACAUUGACGAGGUGUUCUCCAAGCUAGUGCUCAAGUGCAAGCAGCUGGGGCGCGCCAUGCGCAUCGGCACCAACCACGGCAGCCUCUCCGACCGCAUCAUGAGCUACUAUGGCGACUCGCCACGUGGCAUGGUGGAGUCCGCGCUGGAAUUCGCGCGCAUCUGUCGCAAGCACGACUACCACAACUUCGUGUUCUCCAUGAAGGCCAGCAACCCCGUCGUCAUGGUGGCCGCCUACCGCCUGCUGGCAGCGCAGCUGAGGAGUGCGGGGCCGGACUGGAACUACCCUCUGCACCUGGGAGUGACUGAGGCCGGGGAGGGCGAGGACGGCCGCAUGAAGUCCGCCAUUGGCAUUGGCGCGCUGCUGCAGGACGGCCUAGGCGACACCAUUCGAGUGUCGCUCACGGAGGCUCCAGAGGAGGAGAUUGAGCCGUGCUCUGCUCUCGCUAACUACGGCAUGCGCGCCGCCAAGCUCGGCAAGGGUGUGGAGGACUUUGAGGAGAAGCAUCGCAGCUACUUUGAGUUCUCCCGCCGAUCCGGCCAGCUGCCCCUGCAGAAGGAGGGAGACGCUAUUGACUUCAGGGGGAUGCUGCACCGUGAUGGAUCUGUGCUCAUGUCCGUUGAUGCUGCCAUGCUCAAGAACCCUGAGGCUCUGUACCGUGCUCUGGCGUGCAAGAUGGCUGUCGGCAUGCCCUUCAAGGAUCUGGCGACAGUGGACAGCAUUCUUCUCCGCCAGGCCCCAGCUGCUGACGACAAGGAAGCUCGUCUGGCGCUGAGGCGGCUGCAGGAGGUGGGCGUGGGUGUGCUGGUGCCGGUGGAGGCCCUUGCAGCCGCGCCUCUCCCCAAUGCCGUGGCACUGCUCUCCCUGGAGCAAGCCAAGCUGGGCGUGCACAAGCACCUGCCGCAAGGAGCGGCGCGCUUUGCAGUGAGUGUGAGGGGCGAUGAGAGCGAGGAGGACCUGAAGGCAUUGGUGGGGCUGGACGCGGUGAUGCUGCUGGCACACGUGCCGCCGCAGGCAGAGGACAGCACCGUCAGCCGCGUGCACAGCAGCCGCAGGCUCUUUGAGUUCCUGCAGUCCAAUAACAUCACGACACCUGUCAUCCACCACAUCAGCUUCCCCGAGGGCACGUCCAAGGACGAUCUGGUGCUGCAGUCAGGUGCCGAGGCCGGUGCUCUGCUGGUGGACGGGCUGGGAGACGGAGUGCUGCUGGAGGCGCCAAGCCACGACAUGGAGUUCCUGCGCAACACGUCCUUUGGCAUGCUGCAGGGCUGCCGCAUGAGGAACACCAAGACGGAGUUCGUCUCGUGCCCAUCAUGCGGCCGCACGCUCUUUGACCUGCAGGAGGUGACGGCCUCCAUCCGCGAGCGCACCUCCCACCUCCCUGGCGUUGCUAUUGCCAUCAUGGGGUGCAUUGUGAAUGGGCCGGGUGAGAUGGCGGAUGCUGACUUUGGCUACGUGGGCGGGGCGCCGGGCAAGAUCGACCUCUAUGUCGGCAAGGAGGUGGUACAGCGCGCCAUCCCCAUGGAGGAGGCGACAGACGCGCUGGUGAAGCUGAUCAAGGACCACGGCCGCUGGGUGGAGCCGGCUCAGGAGGAGGAGGCGGCGCAGGCCGUGGCGGCUUGA